AUGAGGGUCUUGGGGGAUAAGUCGCCCCUUCGGAGGGCUCAGGGUUUGGAUUCGGCGCAGGAGUCCGAUGAUGAGUACAUCCCCACCAGGGACACCGAAUCAAGCUACCGUUCGGAAGCUCCCCCGGAGUAUUCGAAGGCGAGAUCACCAAGUCCGAGGAAAGCUUCCGAAGACUUUGGUUCCGAGGACGUCCCCAGCCGAGACCCCACCAUCCGAUUACUUUUCCAAAGAAUCCAGAAGAUGGAGGAGGACCGAACCCGAUCCCAGGUCCCUGACUGGGGAAAACUUCGACCGGGGCCAUUUACCGAGCGCAUCAAGAGGUCCAGACCGGACAGGGAGGUGCAGCCGCUGCGCAUACCCUUCUAUACCGGUGUGGAGGACCCUCUGACGCACCUCCACUCCUUCCAAUCGGCAGUUGGGUGUAAGGGCCUCAGCGACGAGGGACAAUGUCUGCUGUUUCCCUCGUCCCUUACCGGAGCUGCGCUGAACUGGUUCUACCGUCUCGAGCCAGGGACGGUACAUUCCUUUGACGAACUGAAGCAGAUUUUCCUCAACCACUUCAUGAUCCAGACGGACCGUUUGUACUCUGCCGACGACCUGUACACGAUUCGGCAAAGGGAGGACGAACCCCUACGGGAAUACGCAGCGCGCUUCAGUCACGAGUACUCGAGGUGUCCCGAAACGGACGAUAGGGCAGCCUACGGCGCCUUCAAGAGUGGCCUACGGUCCUCUAACUUCCGGUACCUCGUGCACAGUAGCAACUGGCACACGUAUGACGAAUUAAUGAAGCAGGCAGCAGUCCAUGCGAAGGCCGAAUACUUCAACUCCAAACCCGGGCCUUCGGCUCGGAAAGAGGAAUCGGCCGCCAAAAGUUAUCCAGGCCGAGCCGACGACCCGUCGGCAGGACACAAACGGAAGGACGACCGGGAUAACCGUCAGGGAAAUUCAAAGAAAGGACGUGGGAAGUACGGUCGUACGACCACCGGGCACCCCUACCAAAUCACGAUCGUGCUCAGGAAGUCUUCACCCUGCUGA